AAUUCAACAGAAUACAAAAAUGUCCGCAUUCGAUAGACUGUGUGCCCUUCUAUUGUUGUUGGGAGCUGCACACUAUUCUUUGGCAGGCGAAACUAACUACUGUGACCUCGAUCUUUGCUAUGGUUUCGAGGGUCAUAUUGCAUGUAACAACACUGGGGGUUUCGCUCCCAUAUGCGCUUCUGAUGUCAAAAUAAUCCCCAUUAGGCCGGAACUUCAAGAGGCCAUCAUAUUCCGACACAAUCUUUAUCGAAAUGCUAUAGCUGGUGGCUGGGGUCAAUACAAACCAGCUGCUCACAUGGCCCUGACACGUUGGAAUCCCGAAUUGGCUCGUUUAGCUGAACUGAAUGUACGACGAUGUGAUGCUGAACAUGAUCUAUGCCGCAAUACUAACGAUUUUAAUUUUGCUGGACAAAAUAUUGGAGUAAUCUACCACAGAGGAAAUGAUUUUGAUGCCGAACAGACGGCUCUCCAUCAAAUAGACACUUGGUUUGCCGAAAGUGAUCUUGCUUCGAUGGACACCAUCAAUGAGUAUAGAACACCAGAAGAUGGUACACAAAUUGGUUCCUUUACUGGCAUGGUUCAGGAAAUGGGUAACCAAAUGGGUUGUGCCAUUUUGCAACAGACAGUUAUAGAAGAUAUUGUGCAACAAAUCUUAACAUGCAAUUAUUCCUACAUCAAUAUUGAAGGUCUACCCGUUUAUAUACCAGGUGAACCUGGUAGUAAAUGCACAACUGGAACUGACCCCACCUUCAAGGCGUUGUGUAGCGCCAACGAGUUUUACGAUGUAAAUGAUAUUCCUCAUUAUAAAGAAUAAUAGUAAUAGAUAAUUAGUGGAUAUAAUUAAUACAAUUUUAAA